UCCCGCCCCCCCCUCUCCCCAGCCGGGACCAGCCGGGAACCGCCAGGUCCCCGAGGUUGUUGGGGCAGGAAGGCCAGGAUGGGGCUAGAGUUAUACCUGGACCUGCUCUCUGCCCCAUGUCGGGCCGUAUUCAUCUUCCUGGAGAAGAACCAGAUCCACUUCGAUUUCCAACCCGUCGACCUCCUGCAAGGGGAGCACGGCAGCAGCGAGUUCGCCAGCGUGAAUUCCCUGGGGAAAGUGCCCGCGCUCAAGGACGGAGACUUCAUCCUGACAGAGAGCGUGGCCAUCCUGCUCUAUCUAAACCGCGAGAAUGAUACUGAGGACCACUGGUACCCAGAGGACUGGCAGGCCCGCGCCCGCGUGGAUGAGUUCCUGUCCUGGCAACACCUGGCCAUCCACGACCUCUGCUCCAAGAUUCUGUGGCUCAAGGUGUUGUUCCCUUACUUCACGGACAAACCAGUGAUGCAGGACAAGCUGGACGAUGCCCUGGAGGAGCUGAAAGCCAACCUGCAGCAGCUGGAGGAGAAGUUCCUGCAAGAUCAGCCCUUCAUCGCCGGGGACCACGUCUCCCUGGCCGACCUGGUGGCCGUCGUCGAGCUCAUGCAGCCGGUGGGGGCCGGCUGCCCCGUCUUCGAGGAGCGGCCCAAGCUGUCGGAGUGGCGGGAACUGGUAGAGGAGGCCGUGGGCAAGGAGCUGUUCCGGGAGGCCCACGACAAGAUCCUGAAGGUCCAAGAGCUGAGCGGCCAGCAGGCCGACCCGCUGCUGAAGGAGAAAAUGACGGCCAUCCUGAAGAAGAUGAUGUAGACCGAGGCCGACGUAGACCGCUAAAAGGGCUGGCGGAGGUCCUCCCUCCGGGCACUCCUGCUGCGUGCCGGUCUUUGCAGACGGGGCGGGAAAAGGUGGCGUCCAUCCUACAUCCUAAUAAAGAUCCCUUC